AUGGCGUCUUCCUUCCGCCGUCUUGCCAAGGACUUUGCUGCACUACAGUCCUCCCUCCCCCCGAAUUACCUCUUUCCGGCGAACGAGGAUGCCUCACAUCCUGACGACCUCACCCAACUCGUGGUGUUGGUUACCGGCGCAGAAGGAACUCCAUACUCGCAAGGGUUAUGGCGCUUACAUCUCAAGAUGCCACACGACUACCCCAAGAGCCCGCCAAAGGCGACCUUCAAGACGCGCAUCUACCAUCCAAACGUGGAAGAAACAACCGGCGCAGUGUGCCUGGAAACGCUGAAAAGAGACUGGGAUCCGAAAUUGACACUCAAAGACAUCUUGGUCACGAUCUCUUGUCUACUGAUCCAGCCGAACCCAGACUCGGCGCUGAAUGCUGCGGCAGGAUCCUUAAUACAAGAGGAUUAUGAGGCAUUCUCGACUCAGGCUAAGCUCAUGACAAGCAUUCAUGCACCUAUUCCUCGGCAUUUACUGAAGUCUGUGCAUGAGGCCAAGCGGCGUGGCGAGGAGGAAGACGACCGGGUGAUUCCAAAGAAGUCAGCAAGGAUCGGCAGGCGGUCUGCAGAAGAGACCGUGGAGGAUAACAUGAAGGAGAACGACCCGGAGCAGAAUAUUGCUUGUGCAGCUGGCACGGGUGGCUCUGCAAGGGGGAAACGACCGUUUUCAGAGUUACCCUCCCCGGCUGAAGGCGCUCAGCAUACUGAUGAUCAUCACAAUGAACUCCACGCCCCUGAGAACUCAUGGCCCAUUCACUCAGACAGUGAACCAGGACAACCAGUGCGCAAGUCGCCUAAACUCACGCGCACCGGAGCUUCGAACAUUGAAACCACGUCCCAGAGCCAGAUAUAUGCUGGUGAUGAAGGGAAGGAGAAUGCUGCUGGCGCCAAGGUCUCGCAUGUUGCGCAAGGACCUCUCGAAUCGAGGCCAGCCCCAUUACGCAAGGUUUCGAACGUCGGAGCGCGCAGGAAGGGGCAACCACGUGUUGGAAUCCGACGGUUAUGA